AUGCAAGUCAAUGGACUCUUCGACCAUCUCAAAAACGUAAACUCUCCUAGUGACUUGUUCAAGCCUAGAACUGGUGCCUCCACAACCGCUGAACUCGAGGGAAACGUCGUUGUUCUUAACGACGAUAACUUCAAAACUACCAUCGAUGGAUCGAAGCCUGCUCUUGUCGAGUUUUAUGCUCCCUGGUGUGGACACUGCAAGACCCUUGCUCCUAUCUAUGCCCAGUUGGGUGACGCCUUUGCUCAUGCUCAAGACCAAGUCAUUGUUGCCAAAUUUGAUGCCGACGCUCACCGCAAUACUGGUGGCGAAUAUGGUGUUCAAGGUUUCCCCACUUUGAAGUGGUUCCCCAAGGGUGUCAACUCUCCUAGUGGUGUUGAAGACUACAAGGGUGGACGCGACCUUGAUUCUUUGUCCAAGUUUAUCAAGGAUAAGACCGGUAUUCGUCCUCGUAUCAAGGCCGUCAAGUCUGACGUUGUUGUUUUGGAUACUAAGAACUUCCACUCCAUUGUUGACCAAUCUGACAAGAAUGUUCUCGUCGAAUUUUAUGCUCAAUGGUGCGGUCACUGCAAAAGUCUUGCUCCCAUUUACGAAAAGCUUGGAAAUACCUUUGCCAACGAAAAGAACUGUGUCAUUGCUAAAAUUGAUGCCGACACUGAACGUGAUAUUGGUACUGAGUACGACAUUUCUGGUUUCCCUACUCUCAAGUUCUUCCCCAAGGGCGAUGACAAGACUCCUAUCGCGUACGAAGGUGCACGCACUGAAGCUGGUUUCGUUGAAUUCUUGAACAAGCACUGCGGCACUCAUCGUGUUGUUGGUGGUGGUCUCAAUGAUGAAGCUGGCCGUAUCCCUGCAUUGGAUGAACUUGCUAUCAAGUUCGUCUCUACCUCUGAUAAGGCUACUCGCGAGAGCAUUUUGGAACAGGCCCAGGCGGAAGCCAAGAAGUCUUCCGAAAGCUUGGCAACCUACUACUACAAGAUCAUGGAAAAGGUUCUUGAGAAGGGUGAUGCCUUCUUGAGCACCGAGAAGCAACGUAUCGAAAAGGUUUCAAGCACCGGCUCUGUCACUGAAGCAAAGGCAGACAAUUUCAAGAGUCGUAAGAACAUCCUUGCUGCUUUCGACAAGAACGCUCAACCAGUGCCAAAGCAGGAAUUGUAA